GAAGUUCCUCUCCAUACAAUUCGCAAAUCUCAAUUGAAUUUCACUUCGCCGUUUACACUAGAAAUAUUACGUGAUGGUACUGUUCAUGGAUUCUUGGGUUAUUUUGAUACCUGGUUUACACGUGACGGUCAUUAUAUUCCAUUGUCGCAGAAUGUGAAUGAUAAGAUUGAUGGCAUUACUAGCUUUACAACUGGGCCACAAG